AUGACUUUUCAGCAAUUUGUUGCUUCUGUUGACUGCUUUCCACCACUGAAUUUGACGAUUAACGAGACUGACGUUAUUUUGUUUGGUAAUCAAACUCGAUGGACGAGUUGUGGGAAUUAUUUGAAUCUCAUUUUUGGCAUAACUGAGCAUGGUUUUUCUAUGAGAUACAAAGACAAGGUGAAUAGUACUGUUCGAUUUUGCCAGCUGAUGAAAAUUGAGACGAAAAAGCAUUCAAUGAUAUGGACAGUGCAGUGCACAGAUGAUCGCGCAGAUGAUAGUGCAGAUGAUCGUGACGUUGAUCGCGCAGUUGAUCACACAGAUGAUCGCGCAGCUAAAUCGCGUAUAGAAUUUGAUUAA